AUGCAGGACAAUCAAGUAGUCGGCAUUGGCAGUGGGUCCACAAUUGAAUACGCUAUCAGACGAUUAAAUGAAAGAGUCAUCAAUGAAAAUUUGAAAACUAUAUGCAUUCCUUCAUCUUACCAAGCACUGAGAAGUUUGCAGUCCUUUGAAUCUUUACAGAUCAGUACUUUGGACAGAAACCCAGAGGCAUAUGUGGCCAUAGACGGGGCAGAUGAAGUUGAUGGAGAUAUGAACCUUAUAAAAGGAGGAGGUGGCUGUUUGACUCAAGAGAAAAUUGUCAUAUCAUGUGCUAAGAAAGUUGUCAUCAUUGCUGAUUACAGAAAGGAUGUGCAAAAGUUUGGACAGUCGUUUAACUUCAUCCCAAUUGAAGUUAUACCAAUGGCCCAAAGACCAGUUCUUGAGAAGAUCAGUAAAAUGUUUGGUGGCAAGCCUGUGCUUAGAGAGGCCAAACAGAAAGCUGGACCAUUGGUGACAGAUAAUGGUAACUUCAUAAUUGAUUGGUUCUUUGAUAAAGACAAAGAUUAUGAUUGGAAUGAAGUAAACAUAUCGUUAUCUCUUAUACCUGGAAUUGUUGAAACGGGUUUGUUCAUUCAAACAGCCCACAAAGUUUUCUUUGGAGCAGCUGAUGGAAACGUCACAUCAAGAGGAAAUGACAAAUUAUAA